AUGUUCACCAAGCUUGAUUUACAUGCAGGAUACAAUAACAUAUGCAUCAAAGAAGGCGAUGAAUGGAAGGGAGCAUUUAUUACUCCACAAGGGUUAUUCAAACCAACAGUUAUGUUCUUUGGAAUGACAAACUCUCCAGCAACCUUCCAAGCUAUGAUGGAUGGGAUGGCAGAGAACAAGGUAUCAGCAGUACUGAAUUGGCCAAAGAUUGACAGCAUCAAAGCCCUACAACAGUUCCUAGGCUUUGCCAAUUUCUACCGCCAAUUUAUCCCAGGAUACUCUAAAGUUGCACAACCCCUAUUUGACCUAUUAGUAAAAGGGAUCAAGUGGAGGUGGACUGAUGAUCACGACAAAGCCAUCAAUCAACUCAAAGAAUGUUUCAAGACUCAACCACUUUUCGUACAGCCUGAUGUUAAACCAUUCCGGAUGCCUCCCUAA